AUGACAAUUACUAGUGAUGAACUAAACUAUCUCAUAUGGAGGUAUCUCCAGGAAACUGGUCUAGAAAUAUCGGCGUUUGCUCUCCAGGAGGAAACCAGAAUUCAUGAAUUGGAAGAGAAAUAUUGCAAGAUCAUUCCCUUGGGCUGCUUGAUAAAUCUAGUGCAAAAGGGCAUAUUUUAUUGCGAAGACGAAUCCUUAGUCAACGAAAAUGGUGAAUUGAAGUCUAAGGAUGAAGUCGUAAGCUCUUUUUCUUUAUUUGGUGCUAUUAAAAAGGACUCGAUGAAAAACAAAUCAUUAGAAUUUAAAGGAAGAUUUAGGCUAUUGAACAACGACAAUGAAAAUGACCAAGACGAAGACGAAGACGAAAAGCAAAAUGAAAAUGAAUAUCAAUAUGAUCAAAAUCACAAUCAUGACAAAAUCCCAGAAAUCAACAAUAAAAAUAAAAAUAAAAAUAAAUUGAAAAUUAAAAAUGAAAAUCAAGACAAAGAUAAAGAUAAAGAUAAAGAUAAAGGUGAAAAUCAAAUCGAAAUUGAAAUUGAAAAUGAAAAUGAAAAUGAAAAUGAAAACUCAACUGAUAAAAAAAUUAAUGAUAAUCUUCUAAUUGAAAAAGAAUCAGAAUCAGAGAAAAAAAAGAUAAUAAUAUUAAAAGAUUCAAUCAAAUUUUCUUCCAGUACAUGUUGUGAUUGGAAUCCAAAUUCAAAUGCAAAUACUGUAUUAGCUUGGGGUCAAAAUAACGCAACUUCAAAAAUCGUCGUCGUCUCUCAGGAUUCCACUCAAAUAUUACAGGAAUUGUCUUUAGUUCAUCCAUCAACAAAUUUUACUGCAAAUCAAACUUUAGUAAGUGAAGAGAUAACCUCCAUAUCUUGGUCUUCAAUGGGUCCUUAUCUUGUAACUGCUGUAGAAAAUGGCGAAUUAAGACUAUGGACUGCUGAGGGAAAAUUAAGAAACGUAAUGAAUUUACAUCACAAUCCUGUUUUGGUGAUUAAAUGGAACUUGGAUAAUUCUUAUAUCUUAACAAUUGAUACCAAUAAUACUUCUAUAAUCUGGGAUGUUAAUACUGGUACUUCCGUACAGCAUAUAAAUUAUGAUUCCAACAAUAAAAACAAUCCAAUAGAUAAAACUGAUUUAUCCUCAGACAUAAAUUUAGGAGUUGACGCCUGUUGGAUUGAUAGAACUAAAUUUUUAAUCCCUGGAAUUAGCGGCUCAAUGUUAAUAAUGAAUGUUGGUGAAAUGAUUCCUGUAGGUUAUUUACAAGGUCACACAUCAUCCAUUGGAUGCUUAUCAUACAGCAAAGAACUUCAGCUCUUAAUUAGUGGUUCUGAUGAUAAUACAAUAAGAAUUUGGAAAGGUGAUUCAUUUUCAAGUGCUCAAGUCUUAUAUGGCCACUCUCAAGCCAUAGUAGUCGCAGAAUGGUUAAGUUCUGAAAUAAUUUUAAGUGGAUUUAACCCACUAAUAGUAAGUUGUUCAUUAGAUGGUUCUAUUCGGAUUUGGGAUAUUAUCACUGGUAAUACUAUUCUACUUUCCAUCUUGAAUGGCAUCCCCAUAUUUUGUGGUGUAUUAUCUUCAAAUAAAAAUUGGUUUGCGACUGGUGGUAUGGAUGGAAUCAUAUCUAUAUGGGAUGUCUCACCAAAGACAUUGGUUAAGAAAAUUAAGCACAUUAAGAAAACAAUUGCUAAAUCCGAGGAUAUUGAGCCAAAAAAUAUAGAGAAUGAAGAUGAUGACAAUAAGGAUAAAAUUUUCAUUGGUGAAUGGAUUGGAAGAAUUAAACCUGUGGCACAAUAUCAUUGCAACCAAGAUCCUAAUCUUGACAACAAAAAUAAAGAUAACAUAGAGGGCUCUCUAAAUGAUAAGCUUGCUGUCGACGAGAAUCAAAAAAAUAAAAAUUCCGAUGACUCCAAUUUUAUUGCUGCUUUAUCAUGGAGUCAGAACUCAGAUAGAUUAUGUGUAUCAUAUUCCAAAUCUCAGAGUGUCAUUAUCCAAUGGCCUCCUUUCACAGAUAACUAA